GGCGUCCGGGAGACCCUGUCGCUUACUGAGGUGUCGCGGGUCCGAUGACGCGGUCGCAACCACGACUGUGAGACUCGGGAGACGGAAAGGGCUCCAGGACGCAUCUCUGGCCUGUGUUUUGGGACCUGAACGGAGUAAGUUCCCACUGGGCCCGAGGCGGCUCAGGUGGGGAUAUAGGAAUGGAAAUGGAAGGAGUAAACGCAGAAAAGACAAUGGAAGAGGAAAGUACAGAAAAAAAAGAGGUAGAGAAAAAGAAGCGGUCCCGAGUUAAACAGGUGCUUGCAGACAUCACUAAGCAAGUGGACUUCUGGUUUGGUGAUGCCAAUCUUCACAAGGAUAGAUUUCUUCGAGAGCAGAUAGAAAAAUCUAGAGAUGGAUAUGUUGACAUAUCCCUUCUGGUGUCUUUUAACAAAAUGAAAAAAUUGACCACGGAUGAAAAAUUAAUAGCCAGAGCACUGAGAAGUUCAGCAGUUGUAGAGCUGGACUUGGAAGGCACCCGGGUGAGGAGAAAGAAGCCUCUGGGUGAGAGGCCCCAGGAUGAGGAUGAGCGGACCGUGUAUGUGGAGUUACUUCCCAAAAAUGUCAACCACAGCUGGAUUGAAAGAGUGUUUGGGAAAUGUGGCAAUGUUGUUUACAUAAGUAUACCACACUACAAGUCUACUGGAGAUCCAAAGGGGUUUGCAUUUGUGGAAUUUGAGACAAAAGAACAAGCAACAAAAGCUAUUGAGUUUCUUAACAACCCACCAGAAGAAGCACCAAGGAAACCUGGGAUAUUCCCCAAAACCGUGAAAAAUAAGCCCAUUCCUGCCCUUAGAGUAGCUGAAGAGAAGAAGAAGAAGAAAAAGAAAAAAGGCAGGGUGAAGAAGGAAGACCGUGCGCAGACCCAAGAGGCAAAUGCGGACACAGGGAAGACGAGCAGUGCCGGCAAAGGGAAGAGACCCAGGACCACGUCAGAGGGCUCUGAAGGGGAGAGUACUGAACCCCAAAAGCCACCCUCAAAGAAGAAAAAAAAGCGGGUUAAAGCUGAAGGGACCAGCUUACCUUUGGUCCCAACAGGGAAGAGGAAACGAAGUAGCUCUGAGGAUGCAGGCUGCCCAACUCCCAAAUCCAAAGUCAAGAAAGUGGACCAGAAAGACAGCCUGGAAAAAGCCUCAGAAAUAUCUAAAGAAAACAAAGAUUUAGAAGUCUCCACUGAAGAGGAAAAGGAGACAGGAGAUGUAAAAGAGGGAUUGCUCUUAAAAGCUAAAAGGAAGCAUAAGAAAAAACACAAGGAGAGGCACAGAAUGGGAGAAGAGGUUAUUCCCCUGCGUGUACUAUCCAAGACUGAGUGGAUGGAUUUGAAAAAAGAAUAUUUGGCACUGCAGAAAGCCAGUAUGGCUUCUUUGAAAAAAACAAUAUCCCAAAUAAAAUUGGAAUCAGGAAUGGAAAUAGACCAUGGAGGAAAAAAUGAAAAAUCGGCAGCCGAGGACUGCUGUUCCCCGAAGCUCCCCCCGGCGGGGCCGCAGUUUGUGAGCGGGGUGAUUGUGAAGGUCGUUAGCACCGAGCCUCUGCCGGGCAGGAAGCAAGUCAGGGACACCUUGGCAGCAGUUUCAGAGGUGGUUUACGUCGAUUUGCUGGAAGGAGACACAGAAUGUCACGUGAGAUUCAAAUCCCCUGAGGAUGCACAAGCAGUAAUAGAUGCACAUGCAGAAAUUAAAAAGAAAUACUGCUGGAAACUCGAGAUUCUUUCUGGGGAUCAUGAACAGAGGUAUUGGCAGAAGAUCUUGGUAGACAGACAGGCAAAACUGAACCAGCCUCGGGAAAAGAAAAGAGGCACUGAGAAGUUAAUCACCAAAGCUGAAAAGAUCAGACUUGCAAAGACUCAACAAGCAAGUAAGCACAUUAGAUUUUCUGAGUAUGAAUGAAAAAAAUGUUGGUUCAUCUCUUAAGAUUUCACUGGAUGCUUGAGCUGCUCUUAAGAAAUGCAUUUUCAUUAUAUUAGUAGUGCGUAAUGAAUUUUUUUAACUUACAUUUACUUACAAGAACUUGUAAAUAAGAUUCUUUUUGUAGCGACAAGUACAUUGUAAACCACACUUUUUAAUUAAACAUUUUAUGUGUGAAAUUAUCUUACAUAAAUCAACUUCAAAGUGACUUAGUAAAUAAAUGUAUUGAACGUUA